GCCUUCUCACUUCAUCAAGUUAAUAUCACGUAACAGUACACCUCCACAUGACAUAUUUGUAACCUUUUGCUUUUGUUUUCAUUCCAGUGAGCAGCAAUGCUGGCCACUCUGAGCCAUCAUGCAGCACACCUGCUUACCAGAAGGUGUAUCGCCCUGUUACUCGGUCUAUGACACGGUUACCUCCCGCAGUUGCUGCUACACCUGGUGAAAAGGAAAGAGUCGAUAGCACAAGCAGCCGCAAAAGUACUCCAGAUGCUUGCUUUAGCAUUCAGUUAGCUGCAUCACGACCCACUGUAACCCGUGCUCGAACCCCUCAUGGAGUGACUAAAUCUGCUUGGAAGCCUCUUACUCAGCCUGCUGUUCUGAGUGAAGAGCUGAAACGGGCAAGCCCUCCUGCAACCAACCCUACUGCCAAGCGGUCCAGAGUUACUUCCUCACAGGCUGCUAAAGAUUCAGCUUCAAAAAGUAAUAGAAAUGUUCGCAGUGGUAAGAACAACAGAAAUGAAGAAUGCGCUAGUCAGGGUGACCAGUUGGACGGGCCUGUCAUCCCAUCUCUACCAAAGAAACUGCAAAGUGGCAAGAGCUCUUCUGAUGUAGUUUCAAAAAUGAAUCCUACUAUCAGAAGCCAGGGUGCUAAAUUAGCUGCUCCAGUGCUUACGAGGGAGCCAGAAACUGAAACUGGAAAGGAUUCUGCCAGUGUUGUUCCAUUGCUUGCACGCCAGCUGCAAUUUGGGACUCCGAAGACCAGCGAAGUCAAUCGGUCGGUUGCUCCAGCCAUUGCAGAAGCUACUUCCAGUGGAGCAAGCCAAGUCAAUCACUCAGUUGCUCCAGCCACCACAGAUGCUAUUGUCAGAGAAAGAAGGCAAGCCAAUCAGUUGGUUACUCCAGUUUAUCCUGAAGCCGUUGGCAACAGACCACGGCAGAUCAAUCAUUCGUUUGUUCCAGUUUUACCUGAAGCCGUUGGCAACAGAACACGGCAGAUCAAUCAUUCGGUUGCUCCAGUUUUUCCUGAAGCUGAUAGCAACAGAACACGGCAGAUCAAUCGUUCGUUUGCUCCAGCUUUUCCUGAUCAUUCGUUUGCUCCAGUUUUUCCCGGUCAUUCGUUUGCUCCAGUCAUUGGAGAAGCUAUUGGCGACAGAACACGCCAAGUCAACCAGUUUGUUGCUCCAGUCAGUACAGAAGCUAUUGACAACAGAACGCGACAGGUCAAUCAGUUACGUGCACCUGUUGUAACACUGCCCAGACAACACUUGCAAACAAAUAAUCAACAGAGGUUUACCAGGAUGCCUCUGCCCACAAGCCAGGCCAGUGUGCCUGCUGGUGCGACAGGCCCAGUAGUCGUACCAAAGCUAGAAAUCGGGAAUAUGAAUGACCCCCCCAAAGUUCCCCCACAUCCUGCUUACAGGAGGGCGUUGUUAAUCAGGCAGCAGGAGCAGCUGCUGGAGCAAUUUAAGUUGGCGAAUUCACAAUCGGAACUUCACAUCAAGGGUCCUGCUCUAUUUGAGGAUGACGAUGUGCCAGAGCCGGAGCCACUGGGAACAAGGUGUGCGCUCUGCAAGAUCGACCUCGCUUUCCGGACACAGGGGGCUGCGGCUCAUGAUCCUUUGGCUCCCCCAGUGGUGGCGGUCCUGGCAUGCCACCAUACGUUCCACAGCAGCUGCAUCGAGGAUGUCUACGGCCUCGCCGAGCCUUCAGAGUGUAUUGCAUGUCUUGAUUCUGAGACAGCGCACUGAUCAUAAAUCAGUAGCAUCAGCUUGUCUGGAUGAGCUGUGGUAUAGAAAUGGUCCUUUUAGAAUGCAUAUAUAGAGUGGUGACGUCUCAUCUCUAUCGAUAGAAAUAUUAUCCGGUGGUAUACUCGGCUGAAAUCACAGUCGGAAUACCCCUUUUGUUUCUGCUUUAGGCGGUGUAGUUAGUUAGCAUU